AUGAGCGAAUUUGCGCUCGAUUCUGGGGGGAUAUUCUGCUCUAAAACACCCCAGACGAAGAACGGUGUAGACACGAGGGCAUUCAUCCUAAGUCGGGUUUCUUCUCUGGUUCUACUUCUUCCAACAAUCAAUUCUCUUGUCUCUACAACGAAGCAAAUGACACACGUACAUAAGUCCACAGAAUCGGAUAUGGCAGACACCAGUGACAAUUACAAUUCCAGCAUGGCCAUGCCCAUGUCCUCCGUUUUCACAACCAACACCAAAAUCACACUCCUCUUCGCCGGCUGGACAACCACCUCGUUGACACAGUACAUUCUUACACUCGUCUGCCUAUUCCUGCUGGCGAUAUUCAACCGCUUCCUCGGCGCCCUUAAGUUCCAACUCGAGCGAGCAUGGUCCCAUCAAGAGGCCGGGCUACCGUCUAUCAACCUGAAUGGUACCCACAGACAACAGAGAUCUAUCCCGAAGGCAAAGCUGAGUCCACUGCCACUAUACAUAAACACAGCCCAGGCAGAAGAAACAGCAGCAGCAGAAGAUUCUUGGUCGGUUACCUACAAUAGCCUAGAUCGAAGACGGUCCUCUACAACCGGUUUGAUCGAACACAGCUCCCCACGAAACAGGCUUAUUUUUUCGUGGAGGCAUCUACUGCCACCAUGGAAGGCAACAGGGGCAUGGAGUUUCCGCAAAGAUGGGACUCGCGCUUUGCUGGAGCUUGUGAGGGCUUUGGUGGGAUACUUUCUCAUGCUGGCCGUCAUGAGCUUCAAUGUUGGUGUUUUGAUCGCUGUGCUUCUCGGGAUCUUGUGUGGGGAACUGGCUCUGGGGAGAUUUUCUGGGGGAUUGUCUGCGUGGCAAGAAAGUGUUUGCCAUGACUAG